AUGCGCUCUUUCAGCAUCCUCUCUAUUGUAGCUACCGCUGCAUUCUCCGUUUUCACAUCUGCUGCUCCAGUUGACAUCGGAGCCGGCCUUGCUGCUGCCGCUGACGCAAAGCUCGGUGUUCGUGAUCUUGCCGAUGUCGACGUAAAGAAUGUGGAUGUCCUCCGCCGUGAUGUUGCCGACCUUGACGUCGAGAACGUCGAUGUUCUCCGUCGCGAUGUCGCGGAUGUAGACGUAGAAAAUGUGAACAUCCUCCGUCGCGAUGUUGCCGAUGUCGACGUGAAAAACGUUGAUGUCCUUCGCCGUGAUGCGCAACUAGCUUCCGUCCCUACUAUCCUCAAUACCCUGACGACCGACAUUUCAGCCGUUAUUGACAAACUCAACUCAAUUACUGGUGCUAAUGCAACGGUUGAAACGAUCAGCCCUCUCCUUCAACAAGUUGUUGAUAUUGUCGGUACUGCAGUAGCCGACGUGAAGAAGCUUGUUGGUGCACCGGUUGCGACUGUUCUGGCUUCUGUCGAUGGAACUACACAAGUCGUCGUUUCCGACGUUGCGACGCUCCUCGCGAAGGUGCUCACUCUCAUCGUAAGCGCCCUCGGUGCUGUGCUUAAGGUUGCGAACGGUGACCUGUCUGUUCUCGGCAAUGCUGUCUCCGCUGUAGGCUCCAUCCUUUCUGAGCUUGUCAGCGGCGUAAGCGGUGUCGUUGACGGACUGCUUACUGAGCUCGUCCCCCUCGUGGGCAGCCUCGUACCCACUCUUACACAGCUUGGCUUCAGUGCUUUGGGUGGCGUCCUUAACCUUGUGCUUUAAGCACUUUAUACCACUUUGACUUUCCGUGUCUAUCUAUACCUAUACCUCUUUUGAAGUCAUAAUUCACUGCACCUUCUGGCAAUAGCUUGAUAUUAUGGAUCUCAUGACUGCUAGGCCUCCC